ACCACUGUUUUGACCACUCAAGCUUCUACUAAGGUGUACAAAGCCGUGGGAUCAAAGAGCUCUGAACAAGUGUUGGAGGCAAGAAUAGGAAGCAAUGCCUUUUUGGCUGUAAUUCCAGAUCCAGUCACCUGUUUCUCCACAGCAAAAUAUUCUCAGAGGCAAGUGUUCAAAGUUGUCUCAGACUCAAGUGUGCUUCUUGUUGACUGGAUAACUAGUGGCCGUCAUGAAAGAGGAGAAAAAUGGGAUUUUGAUCUUUAUAAGAGCACGAAUCACAUCUUUCAUAAUGGUGAUGAGCCUUUAUUUCUUGAUACAAUAUUGUUAGAACAAGGAACACAUGCAGGUAUUGCUGAACGUAUGCAGGACUAUCAAGUGAUCGCAAUGGUGAUACUAUUGGGGCCAAAGUUGAAGCUUAUUCAAAACCAAAUCCAGGAAGAUGUAAAGAAAAUGAUGUCUCGGAGUUUACACAUGCCUACAAUUGGUUCAAGACAGAACAGUAAUAGACAUAAUGAUUAG